AUGUCGUUUUUGGGGGUUGAACCGGGUCUCGUGCCGCAGUAUGUUGGGUAUCAAAUGCAAACCACUGUCAUUGCUUUCAUGGUCUUGGGCAUAGUUUUCGUAUCGUUGCGACUUUUUGCCCGAUACGUGAGUGGCUCGAGGAUGGGCAUUGAUGAUAUCUUGAUAUUACCAGCUAUUGUUUGUUACCUCGGACAACGAGUCACUGGCCUAUUGAUGGUUCGUCGUGGCGGCAUUGGAUAUCAUGCGAUCUGGUUGAAAACAUACCACCCUCUCGCUCUACAGACCUUCGCAAAACUGCAGAUCGUAAUGGUCAUUCUCUAUUCGGCUUCAGUUACAUUUCCUAAGCUUUCAAUGCUCGGGUUAUACCUACGCAUCUUUGUCGGGAAGCGCGAGCGCAUUGCAGCAUACACUACGAUGGGAAUUGUGUCUGCUUCGUUUAUAGCCUUGAUACUUUGUGCUCUUUUGCAAUGCGCCCCGCUGGGAUAUCUCUGGAAUAAGGCGGGCCAUCCGGGUGGACAUUGCUUCAAUACUGGGGUAUUUUGGCGUUAUGGAAGUCUUCCAAACUUGAUUACCGAUCUGGCGAUGCUGGUCCUACCGUUGCCGUGUAUCUGGAAGCUUAAAUUAUCGCAAAGAGAUAAGAUUGGCUUGGUGUUUACAUUUAUUACUGGUAGCAUCGGAAUUAUUACUGCAAUUGUGCGCAUUGCAUUCUUUUGGAACAUUGACGGUCAAACAGACGUGACUUGGGCAGCGGUCAGACUUGGGGAGAUCACCAUCGCAGAGCCGGGUGUAUAUCUAAUUGCCGCCUGUCUACCUACAUAUAGGAGUCUGUUUCGAUUCUUCAAGGAACGUACCGGUCUCACAACCAAAGGUAGUACUCAAAAUACCUGGGGUUCGAAAAAAGACACUAGCGGAAUGGAGCUCCCCUCGAGGCAUACUGUUAAGAGUGCCGCAGAUGGCUUCGAGGAACUCAGCGACGAGGACUUGAUCUCUCGAAGAAUCUCCAAGAACAAAAAUUCGACGCACGUACAAGCUACGGAUUACGGGUAUAAGAAGGAUCCAAAACAUCGGAAUUCUAAUAGGGAAAUUCGAGUGCAGAGAGAAGUUAGAGUAGAUUCCGUAUUAAGGUAG